UCUGAUUUUCCAGCGGUCUGAUUGGCCAGUAGUUGGACUGGUCAGUGUCUUUGAUAUCAUAUAGUAAUAAUAAUAAUAAUAAUAAUACAUUUCAUUUCUAGAGCAUUUUCAUUGCUAAAAGCAAUCUCAAAUAUAUCCUGAACUCAACCUUCUCCGGAGCCAGCAUCGUAAGACGGAAAACCCAGAGUUUAACCUGAAGUUACCUCGAUAACCGCAAAUCCUGAUAGUGGACAAUUGCAGAAUACUUUUCCCCGAGGAAUAAAGGGAAGGACCUCGCACUCCAGCAGCGCCCCCUUCCCCACAUCGCGUCUUUUCGCCAGGAGACUCCGAUGAAGCCCUCUCAGAUCCCUAACCAGCUCUCUCACCCACCGCCCAGGAGAGUGUUGCCACUUCAAAGCCCUGAGCUGUACCACAGGGACAGAUUGGGUCCACGCCGGUUCUCUCCUCAUGCCCUGGGACCAGUUCAUUCAUCAGGCAGACCAACUUAUGUUGGUACACCAGCAAAUAGGCCCCAUCACAUGCCAUGGGACAGACUGGGCUGGUCACAGCACUCUGCUCCACCCCCACGUUCGUUCUGUUCAUCACAUCCUGUUCCAGUCAGCCCAUUCGACAGUAAAGCCUCAGCAAAAAUGCCACAGCCUUGGCCUUCUGGUACCGAGCCCACGGUCACUUUGUCUCCUUCAAGCACUAAAAAUGUAACAACAAAAAUUCAAGAACCAAACAAGGCUCAAUCCAGCGACGUGAGGAGUCCCAUACCUACCGUCCAGCUGUACAGGGCCCCAGGGACCCCAUCAAUCAACACUGGGGCAGUGCAAGGUGUUUACCCACAGCCUCCGUCCGACCCAGAGCACUGCAGGCCCCGUAACAGCCACUCGUCCCCACGUGGCUACCAGCCUUCUUCGAGUACCAAGUCUUCUGACAGAUGUAAUGGUUCCAGUCUUCCCAUCAUGCACAACCGCCUAGCCCCUUGCAAGGACCAGCAACAUAAACGAACGCCGUCAAGUAAGAAGUCAAUUCCAGUGGUCGACUUGAAUUGCUCAUCUCAGAAGAGGCGCAGGGAGUUUGAGGACUGCGACGACAAUGCCGGGAAACGGUGUUUUGCGGAUGCAAACUCGGGCAAAGCAAAGACACCAAAGCCAAACUCAGUCAAAACUUCACUGGUGUUGUCACCUAAACAUUCUUCAGCCUUGGGAGGGCAGCGUGAAACCACAAAUAACAAGAUGGCAUGCGGCGAGUCGUCAUGUUUGGAACUAUCGUUCACUUUUAAACCGACCGAGUCCCCCUAUGUCUUGCUGUCACCCAAACAUUCCAUAAAGGGACGACCGUCAAACGGGGUAAAGCAGGCAUUUAUAUUAGAAGAGACUAAAUCAUCCUCUAAGCCUGUGAAAGAAAGUUUGAAAAAAGGAGGCGAAGAAAACAAUAACAGGAAUAGAUUAGGCACUGUAUUAUCCCCGGAAGUUCCCGAGAGGCUCAAUAGUAGUUCACCUCAUGUUCACCGCAGAACCUCAGUUUCACCAGUGAAGACACUGAGCAGAAAGACGGACGGUAGCACUUCCAAAUCGGCCUCAAAACCACAUUCAGGUUUUCUGAGCUGUCGUGCGUCAGAGCGGAAUAAAACUGCCCGCUUGCGAAGACCUGCUGUAAUUCCUUAUGAUACAGAUGAGCUCUUCACCCCCGAUCCCACCACUUAUGUAGUCGGUGCUGCACAAAAGAAUGCAAAGCCCAAGACAGACGGGGGACCCGCUAAAUCGCUUACCUCAGAGAAAAGUUGUUCACCUGUGGAUGUGAUCAGAUCGAGUACUGCGGUUACCGGGUCCUUGUGUCGCAAAAGUCAGAACACAGUAAGUGGUCGUAUCCAUGCAGAGGACAGCAAAGCCUCUUCUACAGCAAGUAACCUACAAUUGCUGUCCCCCACUGUAGCUUUAGAGCGGGUCAAACUUGAAAACAUUACUUCCCUUUGCUCUAAAGACGGGGAACUUAAAAACAGUCGGAUCAAUUUUUCAGGUAGGCAGCAUGUGAAAUGUGAAACGGCUCUCCUCCCGAACAACGUGACUUUGGAGGCUGACACAGCUGCGCCUGAACAAACUUCCACAUCCCAUUGUUCUCAGUCUCCCCUGCUGGAGACUGAGGCGAGUGAAUGGGGUAGAAAGCAGGUGAAUGAAGAGGAUUCCAUAGAUGUGGAGCUUGACCUAGACCUGAGCUUUGCAUUAGACCUGGAUAUGAGCCAGAGCUCUCAAAGCAGCGAGGAUGAGCAGCUGCUUUCCUUGCAGGAGAUGAUGGAGCGUGUUACCAAGCCUCCAGAUACACCGGAGAAGGAGGCCUUCUCCGAGCCAAGUACACCCAGACAUCACAGCAGCAAGUUAAGAACUCAGCCGUUGCCAUCCACCACAAAGCCAGGUCACUAUAAAAACAACCUCGAUCAGAUACUGAAGGAAAUGGACACCAUUAAAAAAGCAAAAGAGAUCGAGAUGCAGCUUCUCAAUACAUGCAAAGAGGACCUGUUGAGAAUAGCUGAAUACGAGGAGGCUGAGGAGAAGCAGGAGGAGGGCAUCUCCUCAGAACAGCAGGAAUUCCUGCAGCGCUACUCACUGAUGUCCAGUGCAAUUCGGGAGGUGCCGCCAGGCGAAACGGUGUUCAACAUGGAGAAAUUUGGGCAGAUCUUCAACCAGGACACACUUCAGCUCAGACAAUGCAGGGUCACUCCGCAGGGGACCGCACAGAAAACACUUCUUUGGUCCAGUCCUGCUCAGCUGAGAUUGCAUGUGAUCAUUGGAUUGUUCCAAGAAGCGUACGACUGUCAAUCACCCUGUCCCGCCCGCAUUACCCGUUUCCUGUUCAAGAUGAUGUCAGUCCACAGUGAGAGGCUGGUAUCUGAGAAGAUGCUGCAGGCCCUCUGUGACAUCGCCCGCACUGCUGCUUAUCAGAUAGUGAAAAGCGGAAGCCAGCAGUUUGAAGUGUGGGUUCCCAGUUUGGCUGAUGUGGCACUGGUCCUGAUGAAUAUGGGAGUUGCGUUUGUAACCCUCUUCCCUUUUGAGAAUCUGCAACCGCCAUUCACAGAAGGAGAUUUGCUGGAGGACGUAUAUAUCAAAAGUGAAAGUCCUUCCAGUAAAACGGAACAGAGCACUGUCCCUGAACACAACUACAACAACAUCCUGAAGUACCUCUCCUUCUGUAUGAGCCUGUGUCCCCGGGCUUACAGCGAUGACGAGCUGCUGUUUCUGCUAACUGUUGUGGGAAGGGUGAGCCUGGACACGCAGCUCAUCCUCCAGUCCAGCGUGGAACUUUUCCCUCUACAGUAUAAAAUUGUCAACAACGUCAGGGACUGGGACACUGUGCUGCCCAGAAUCUGCCUGGCGCUUACCGAUCUGACUGAUGACCACCACAACAUGUGCCUGCUUGUUCAAAUGCUGCCUGACAACACACGUGGAAAGCAGCUGCGCCGUCAUCUGAGCCUGUCUAUGAUCUCUAAGUUGUUGGAUGGAAAGUGCACGUACAGACCGACAGGAAAAGAGUUUCAGCUGUCUAAGCUGAGGCCAUACCUGCCCUGUAUGCAACCCUCUACCCUUCUCCGAGGCAUGCUGAGCUCCUCCAGCAGGAGUCAGAGAGAUAAAGCGGAGGACAUGGCCACUCAAGACCAAAAGUCCUACUACCUCUGCUAUAGCCUUCUGACCCUGACAAAUGAAGCUUCCAAUUUUCAGCUCCUCCCAGCUCAUCAGAAGGAGCAACUUCUGUGUCUGUGCUCUGAGCUGGAAACGCAUGUUAAGUGUGAUAUCAGAGAGAGCGAGAAAUGUCUUUACCGCAGCAAGGUAAAGGAUCUCGUGGCCAGAAUCUACACCAAGUGGCAGAUGAUGCUUCAGAAGAUCAGGCCUCUCAAUGGCAAACUGUAUGAUUAUUGGCAACCUCCGCCUGUAGAUACGUUGGUGAGUAGCCAAGAAGAGCGCGGCAUGGACAGCAGUGAUGAUGGAGAGGCCGUUGUGUUGGUGGAGAAAGAACAAGAGGAAGACACCAAUGAAGCUGGAGAGAAUGAGGUUGUACUGUUUGUUGAGGAGGAGGAGGAGGAGAAGAAGAAAGAAGGAAGAAAAGGACACGAUCCAGAGCAUGACAAAAGUCAAACAGAAGAUGCAAUAGAACCCUUUUCUGGAGAACCGAACGAGAAGAUGCAAGAGAUGCAGCCCGUCGUCCAUGAGUGUACUGAGGCUGACGAUCUGGUUCACACAAGAGGAACCUCUCACCAGAACCGCAGCAGCAGCAGCAGCAGCAGCAGCAGCAGCAUGUGAUUUAGUGUCAUAGGCGGUUUAUUAGUUUGCAAUCCUUUGAUAGCUGUUGUCCUAACAAUAUGUUCGAUUUGCACUACAGUAUUUUCCUGUCCUCCUCUUUUCCUAUUAAGUUUCACUGUUAAUACAUUAAUUAUAUAUUUUUGAAUAAAAAGCUUUUUAGGAGAGAUCACAUUGUUUAAAGUAUGAAGCCGUGUCUAUGUUUGGUUAAUAUUGCACAAAAAAGUAAUAGUUUUAAUGUAUGUAUAUUUUGGGGAAAAACUUUGAUAUGUAAAUUUGUAUGCAAAUGACUUGUCGCUGUCCUACUGUUCUCAGUUAUUCAGCUGUGUACAAAUUUGAAUAGUAUGUGUGUAACAUACUGCAGUUGAGUACCUUCCACAACCUGUGCUAAUGUGGGAGGACUUUUUAUUUUACAUCCUUGUUGCCAGCUAUGUUCAUUUUCUUAAAGUUUUGUAAUUUCUCAAAAAUAGUUGAUUUAUUAUUGUACGUGUUUGCUUCAGCCAGUCAGUGAUAUACUGAGUUUACCAUAUGUUUGAUGUUAGGCUGCAAGUCAGCCUCAGCUCGUAAACAACCAAAUAUCCUGUCCACAGGACGUUAAGAGUUACUAAUUCAUGUGUCUGGUGACCCCCACUGCUGCAUCUAGUUUUCAGUCACGGCAGGGUCGCUGAUUUUAAAACACUCGUAAACAAUUUCUGCCUUUUAGUUACAGUUCUUUAUGCAGUGGGUAUAUACAAUAAGCCUACUCUCUGUACGCCCGAGCACACAAGACCAAGAAACAAGCUGAAUAGAAAUCUAGCCGUUGUUUAUGUUUACACCUCUGUAUAAUUGACCAAUGAUUAUUUCCUGAUUGUUUUUUCUUCUUUUUUUUACUGUUGUGUGAAGUGUGUGCAUGUUUAUUUCUAGUUAAUAUAUUUUUUUAUAACUUUACAAAUGCAGAAAAUAAACUUUAUUUACAUGUUAACAGAA